AGGGAAACGAGUCAUGUAAACUCCUUUAUUCCACAUUCGGAGCAAAGGGAGCAUCUUGUUAAGACAUCACCGGGUAAUCGUCUUAUUUUGAAUACCUUGACCACCGAUAUGAACAUGGAAAAGGGCUCCAGUCCUCGGUUGACCAAACGUGGUAGCUUUUCUAUAGAUGACAUUCUGAAUGUCAAAAACUCUAGCGUAUCGAGUGAUGAUCUCUCAUCUGAAGAGCCUUUGUCCAAAGAAGACUUAAUGAUAACAAAAAAAUUGGACAAGGAGCCUUCAAAACCAUCGAAGAAAUUAGACGACAAAGUUGCCUCCUUUCAAGGCGCACGUCAAAAUGAAGGACGACCAAGUGUAGAACUCAAGAAAAGGCCACGCACUGCUUUCACCAACGAACAGAUAAAUGUCCUAGAGAUCGAGUUUCAGAAAAGCAAGUACCUCAGUGUCGCACGCAGAAUGGAGCUUUCAAAACUGUUGGAACUCUCAGAGACACAGAUCAAAAUAUGGUUUCAAAAUCGCCGUACGAAAUGGAAGCGAAAGCUGGCGGCUGAGAUGGAUUACGCCAUUGCUGCCCAAGGCUACCUGUACCCUUCACACCCUGUGUGGCACGGGCCUAAGUGUUACUUUGACAGUAGUUUGACCCAUUCCAGCCGCUUACACCCAUCACUCGUGACAGUUUUCCAUCCACCUAUAUUCACAACAACAUCAAAACAGUCACCAAGGAGCUAUCCACCUUCAAAUCUCAACCCAGCACUAUUUUAAGGACAGCUAAAGCAUUCAGUCAUAGCCUCUACUUAGAUAACAUUCAAGGCUGUGUCAAAAUAUCAGAGACCUUAUCCCUUAAGUUUUUUUUUUUAAGCUGAUGUACUAAAUAUAUGAUAGAGUUUUGUAUCCGCUGUCAAAGAUGCCAGAUUGACAAAAUGUUGAACAAUAACGGAUCUUAGGUCCAGCAGAAUAUAGCGUGCCAGCCUUUUUCCGUGGAAUUUCUUCGCCAAUAAUAAUUAGAUGGAAACAAGAAAAAAUUGUUUUCAACAGUACGUCACGAAAAAUGCUGAUGAAAGUAUAGCGCUCGCAUAAAGGAAUAGGUACAGCUUGUAACGAAGUAGUGCUUUGUAUAAAAGGCGUCAUGAAUAUAGAAAAGAAAACCGUAAAACUACCUUUUAAACAUUUCCAUCAAUAGUGAUUUAGAUUAUAUUGUUCGUGUUCGUUUUAAGCUAUGAUAAAGUAAACCAACGAACAUUUAUAAGAGCAUGUUAAAUUAGCAGAUAGUUAUUAAACGCGCUCGGGAUAAGUUAAUUGAGCUUUAUUGAACAGUGUGAGAGCUCGUUUUGGUUUUGUUAUAUUUCAUAAUUAAAGUU